AUGUCAUCGUCGCCGCCUCAGCCGCCCUGGCUGGCUGCCCUCCUGCAAGACAGGUCACCGGGCCCACGGCUGUACAGAUGGACGACAGCCAAUGUCCCACCUGCCUCCUGCAACGCCCCAUCCCAAGCAGCCGCCACCGCUGCUCCGGCCGUCUCCAACCCGGACCGCGAUCCGAGACGUGUUCACGUCCUCGGCAUAGGCAAUCUGGGCCGCCUCCUCGCCACCUCGCUCUCCGAGCUGCCCUCGCCACCCCCCAUCACGCUCCUCGUCCACCGCCCCUCUCUCCUCGAAGCAUGGUCCGCAAACCCAGGCGUCCGCAUCACCCGCCGCGACGGCACCGUCGCCACCGCCAAGUCCAACAUCGACAUCGAGAUGUGGUCCGAGGACCCGCCGCCGAGGGGCCCCGCGGUCGAGGCGGACCCGGCCCGCGACGCGAUAGCAAACCUGAUCGUGACCACCAAGGCCCCCGCCGCCCUGCCGCAGGUGGACCGCCUGCGCCGGUACAUCGGCCCCGGCGCGGCGGUGCUGUUCGUCCAGAACGGCAUGAACAAGCUGUGGCCGCCCUACGGCCCCGUCUACGCCGACGCGCGGUUCGCCCCGCGAGACCGGCCCGACUUCCUCGUCGGCGUGACGUCCCACGGCGUGACGUCCCUGGGCCCGUUCUCCAGCCUGCACGCCUCGCCGGCCGACCUCUCCCUCGGACCGGUGCUGCCCAGUUCCAGUAGCAGCAGCAGCAGCAGCAGCAGCAGCAACGGCAGCGCGGCACCCUCCUCCUACCUGACCGACCUCCUGACCACCGCGCCGCACCUCAAGGGCCGCGCGGUGCCCCGGGCGGAGAUAUGGGUCCUCCAGCUCGAGAAGCUCGUCGUCAACGCCGUCAUCAACCCCCUGACCGCCAUCCUCCGCUGCCAGAACGGCACCCUCUUCUUCUCCCCGCCAGCAGCAGCAGCAGCAGCAGCAGCAGCAGCAGGGGAAGCAGGAGCAGACUUCGGUCCCGCCUUGCCCCCAGACUCCCCCCUGAUCCAGAUAUCAGACCUCCUCCUCCGGCAGGCCUCAGCGGUCCUGCAGUCGCUCAUCGCCGACCCCAGCGCGGCCGCCAUCCUCCCCUCCUCCGAGGCCGCCAGAGGAGCAGACGCGCCCUACUCGCAGGCCAGCCUGCAGCAGCGCUUCUCCUACCCGUCCCUGCGCGCCAUGCUGCACCGCGUCGGCGCCGCGGUCCGCCACAACACGAGCAGCAUGCUCCAAGACGCGCGGGCCGGCAAGGCCACCGAGAUCCGCGAGUUCAACGGCUGGGUCGUCGAGACGGCGGCGUACCUCGACUCCCAGCACCAGCACCAGCACCAGCAGGAGCCGUCGGCUCGGGGGCUGGACGUGCGCGCCCACGCCAAGGCCGUGGAGCUCGUCGAGGCCGGGGCCGUCAUGAGCGUGUCGGAGCUUGCAGAUGUGCUGCUGGGGCCUGCCAAGGUUGGAGAGGAAACAUCGUGA